AUGGCUCGCGCUUAUGCCAAAGACCAGCCCCAGGGCUUCACCAACCGCAUUGAGAGAAUUGCCUUCGUCGGGGCUGGCGGACAAGUCGGGAAAUACCUCAUCGAUCCCUUACUCAAGACAGGAAAGCAUGUCGUGACGGCUAUCACUCGCCCUGAGAGUACAAUCAAACUGCCAGAAGGCCUCAAGGUUGUCCGUGUGGACUAUCACAGUGAUGAUGAUUCUACUCUGGUGGAGGUCCUUCGUGGCCAGCAAGCACUGAUCAUCACCAUGUCACUGAGGGCUCCACCCGACACUAUCAGCAAGCUCAUUAAUGCAGCUGCCAGAGCAGGCGUGUCCUAUGUUCUUCCCAACUGGUUCGGAAUCGACAGUGAAAACGCCGCACUGUGUGAUGGCGUUUCCCUGUCCCCUGUCCGCGAGAAACUACGCGCUCAAUUCAAGAACUUCGAGCACACUUCGUCCAUCUUCAUCAUCUGUAGCUUCUGGUACGAGUUCAGUCUUGGUGGAGGAACUAGCCGCUACGGAUUUGAUUUCAAAGACCGCUCCUUUACUCAAUUUGAUGAGGGCAAUGUGAGGAUUACAACGACCACUUGGCCGCAGUGUGGUCGAGCUAUCGCCAGUCUGUUCAGCUUGAAGGAUCUCCCCGAUGAUCCCACUGACAAAUCUCCAACCGUCUCGCAGUUUGCGAAUGGCUCGGUUUAUAUCUCCAGCUUUCAGGUUAAUCAGCAUGACAUGUUUGCCAGUGUUAAGCGUGUCACUGGUACCACUGAUGAAGAUUGGACCAUCAGUAGAGAAUCUGCUGAGGAGCGCUGGAAUGAAGGUCAUGAUGCAGUUCAGCAGGGGAACUAUGCGCUGUUCCCAAAAAUGCUUUACAGUCGCAUGUUCUUUCCUAAUGGUGAUGGAGCGGAAUUGACAAGUCAACUUCAUAAUGAUAUUCUGGGUCUUCCCAAGGAGAAUUUGGAUGAAUAUACGGCUAUCGCUGUUCGGAUGGGAGUAAAUGGUGAAUUGACCGGCCAGACUCAUUGA